GUGAUUGAAAGACAAGUGAAGUUUUAACCGUAGAAGGAAAAGAGAUGAACCCACAGCUGACGGAGGACGACCUGAUUUGUCGACAAGUGUUGAUCCGGUGAAGGAAGCCUGCCGUCGGCUUUUAUUUAAAUUUUUUAUCGUUGAUGGGAUUCCUUCAGGAGAGACCUGCCGCCUCACGUUAACCCCUCUGAGGUAUCCUUGCUGCCAGGUAUGCAACUUGAAACAGAACAUCUCUUCAAAAUUCAGGAUGGACACUAAACCUGUAAUGUUUUGCAAGUUUUUAAUAACUACUCUGAGAACUCACUAACUUUUGGAAGAUCAACAUUGCAUGGUCAGAGGAUUUAUAACACAGCCGUGUUUUUUUUUUUUUGACAUAUCGGUGCUCCGGGAAGAGUAAUGGAGACAGAAGAGAGGGAGGAUGUAUCACAAAAACCCACAGCUAAUAUAAAGACAGAGCCAGAGGACGAUGUGACCUCUGGCCACACCUGUGGGGUGUGUGGCCGCAGCUUUCCUCUUCUUAGCUCUCUUUCGCAGCACAUGAGAAGGCACACACGGGAGAAGCCGUACAAGUGUCCAUACUGUGAGCACAGGACGGCUCAGAAGGGGAGUCUGAAGGCCCACAUUCGAAGCCAUAAACUGGGCUUGUUCAGCCAUAACCUCAGUGACAAGGAGGGGGGUGGAGACCAGCAGCAGAAAGCUAACACAGGGACACUUGAUACUCCUGAAAUUGUCAGCAACUCUGACAAAGCUCAUAAUCUCAAUGGGAAAGUGAAGAAGAAAGCAACCAAGAAAAAAGUGAAGGGUAAAGAUGGUGUUGAAGUUGGUGGUGAGGCUGAUGACGGGUCCUGUACCUGCAGCAUCUGUGGCCAGGUUUUCCCUCAGGUACUACUCCUUAAAACCCACAUGAAACGGCACCGCAGCUCCCAGGAUCACGGUUGUCGGAUUUGUGGACGCCGUUUCCGCCAGGCGUGGUUCCUCCAAAGUCAUAUGCGCAUUCACCGGGUCAAAGCCCAGCUAAGAGGUGGCAAAAGCAACGAGCCGCCCGCCACCAUCAACGGAGUUCCUCAGGACCCAGCCUCACUGAUAAAUGAAGAGUGCCUCUAUGAGCUCUGUGCUGGCUGUGGUAACUUCUUCUUUGACCGCAAGACUUUACGAAUGCACGAAAAGCUACAUAAACCGAACCACAGCCGCACUCAGACUCAAAAUCCACCACAGGAAGACAUUGAAGCCUCGGAGCUGAAUACUGCUAAGAGGACGUUUUUGGAAAGCCUGAACCUUACAUGUGCUGGACCAAGGGAACCAUAUGAGGAAAAGAGCCUGGGCAGGCGCAUCGUAGAGCUGGAUCCAGUUUGUAGUUACCAAGCGUGGCAGUUGGCCACAAGGGGACGGCUAGUGGAGGCUACAGAGAAAUGUCUGGGAUGGGAGGAGAGGCUGGCAGAUGCUGACGUGGCAUACGACACAGAAAAGGGCGAGUAUGUUCCCCUGAAGCAGGAGAAGAAGAGGAAGCAAAUCGACACCUCCAGCUCCAGCAUUAAGAAGAUGAAGGGUGAUACAGUCCUUGAUCAUCCAUCAAACAGCUUGACUCACACCAAAGGUGGUGACAAGAGGACUUCCCAGAAAGACCGCAUUUUGUUGAACGGACUUGGUCAUGCGUUUUAUGAGGCACUGCAAACUAAGAAAGUCAAAGAUGCUCACCACACACCUACACAGACCAACAGCACCAGAAGCCAAGACCAGGAGGAUAAAAAAGCGUACUUCUGCGAGCACUGUGAUUUCCACACUGUCGACGCCUCACUACUCAGGUCCCACCUGCACAGGCAGCACCAGGACGUCCUGGGCCCCUACAGCAAACACAGCACCAAUUUGGACAACAUUACCCAGAGUGGUUCCAAAGCCUCAAGAUAUAUGGACUACCUCAGAAACAGGAGUGCGUUGCUUAGUCAGUCAUACUGGAAUCCUUACACAUGUCCACCUGUCCAGGGGUCAGCAGAGUCCAACAUUAAAAUUGAAAAGUCAAACGGUACUGAGGUCAAAGGGCAGGGGCAUACAAGUAAUGAUGCUGGAAGUCUUCUUAACCUGUCUUCAUUGCCUGUAAGUGAAGGAGACUGUACUGUAAAUUAUCCAAUAAAGACAGAUGGCCUGGUGAGACAUCAGUGUCCAUACUGCUCCCACACUACCAACUACCCAGAAGUGCUGUGGAUCCAUCAGCGGGUUGCACACAGGGUGGACGGCAGCAGCUCAAUGGCACCCAAGUGGGCACCCUGCACUAACAGCGGCAAAAGUUUAAAGGCAGGUGCUUCCCAGUGGAGACGCACGGGGCCUCCACCGUUCCUCGAAGGCAACAGCAGCAGCAGUAGCAAGCAAUAUGCCCCCAAGACCCAAACAGCCGUCCCUAAGUCCAAGCAUCAGUCUAAAGACUCACGUUCUGCAGAUGGGAGGAUGGGACUCCUACCUCAAAAGAAGUCUAGUGAACAUAAUCGGGCAGAGAAGGGGGCAAGUAAAAGCUCCAGCACCCACGCAACUUCAUCAAGCAGUAUCGUGCACAGCAAGAGCACCCCUAGUUUCCAGUCCACAAGCAGCCCCAAACACAGAAGCCACAGAGCUGCAGUGGAAGGAAACUUCCCACAGGAGGGUUUGGGUUUCAUGUUGGCCAGGAAUCACGGCGGGACUUCAUCUAACGCUUCUGCAGAUAGACCACAUCCCCGCAGGCAGUCAUGUGACUCCUCUUCAGGUCCCAAGGGUCCCGAUCUGUGGGCUGCCAUGAACAUGUGGGGUCACAAAGCAUAUUUAGAACCACUACGAUUUCCUCAGGUAAAGAAUGAAUCCACAGGAGAAAUGCCAAUGGACAUUGAUAUCUUGAGUCUCCUGAAAAACUACAGUCCCCACGACCUGGCUGCUCUGUACCAGCACUGGGGGUUUGUUGAUCCCAGGAUUGAUCCACAAGCAAUGUUGCAGUUAAAUGGAAAUUUUGGAAAAGAAGUCCACUCCACAUCUGAAGCUUCCAAACAAGUGAACAGCCGCUCCACUUCCUCCUCAGGGUCUCUUCAUAAAGGAACGUGAAGAUACAUUGUGUUCCUGUUGGCUUCCUGCCUGCACGAUACUGCUGAACAAAGAGGCCUGCUGUUCUUUAAAGGAACCAGCCAUAACUCCUCAAGGACAGAGGCACUGGAUAAUGCACAAUAUAUGCAAAGCAAUGAGGUGGACUGUUUAUUAUUUUGUAAUAUGGUUGUUUAAUUUGAAGUGUUAUGCAUGAUUUUUGUUUGUUAAGAGUGUAGAUAUGUUAGUUACCAAAACACACAUGAGGAGAUGUUCUAUGGAGAUGAGGUUGAACUUUUGAGUUUUUUGUAAAUAUAAACACUUAGGGGGCCUAUGUGAAAAUGAAAUGUGAAGCUGCAUUCGCUAAACGACAAAGAGGACAUUGCAUUGGCUAAAGGCCCACAGAUUUCUGCUGGUUUGGAGUGAAAGUGAGCUCUAGCUGGUGAGAUCCAGCAAUGCAAGAGAAAAAAAAAGAACAAAUGAUGAAAACCAGGAUGCCACUUGAAACAUUCAGAAACACAUUCAGAUGUGAGCUGUGACCUGAACAUUUUACUUCACUUUUACCUCUCGUAUGUUUCAGUUUGUUGUUUUUAAUGGAGCCUACAAGCUUGUAGAAUGUUUUUUGUUUUUGUUUUUUUGUUUAGGGUUAGUACUAUAUGUGACUGGCGCAACAAUAUAUGCAGCAGGACACUUGAAUAUGAACUGCAGUUUCUUGUUACUUCAAAUCCUGAUCUAAGAGUGGACACUUUUCACUUUGCUUUGACAAGUAUAGUGCUGGUGAAAUCAGAAUAGUCAGGGUAGAGUGAAAUCAGCCUUUUGCACUACUAGCUCAUUUCCCCACCUGCAUUAAAAGGUAUACUAUGCAGGAUUUCCUAAAAACAAAACCAUAUAGACUUAUACCAAUGACCCAGUAGAACUAACUUCAAAUAAAAUAAUUUGCAAAUAUAUUUCUCCUAAACAUUACAGUUGCACAGAGAGACUUUUCUAUGGUUUUUGUGUGAAUACGAUGAAAUUUAUCCAUACCUUUGACAGAAUAUCAACCUUAUACUGAAAGAAAUUGAGUCUUCUUUAUAUGAAUUCAUUCAACAUAAAUAUUAACACUCAAAUAUACCCACGUCUGUGCUGAAUGGCAUCAUCAGUGUAUUAAUCAUCAUAUGUCUUCUACUACGAUCUGUGGUGCCAGUUUACAGCUGCAGAUUAUACCACUUAAUGUAAAUCAGCAUAAACCAGGGUAGCAUUAAAUCAAUGCAUUAUUCCCUUUAAAUCCAUAGCUACUGCCAAACCUAAGAUCCAUAUCGGACAAUCAAUUAAUGUGAGAAAACCAGAGAAAUUAAACUUGUGGCCAUUGUCGCAGUCAAAGAUGUUCAAGUGUCAAAAAAGGCAGAUUAUCAAUAAAAAAAAAUGUGGUGUCCUGCUUUAUGAUUCUAAGUUUGAAAUCUAAAUCUAUAAUUUGUAUUUUUUUUCCUAUCAGGAAGAUAGCGUAAACAUCUGCACUCAGUUCACAUUGUGCUAGUGAUGUAGCAAUUUAAUGCUGUGAUGAUUUUUAGAAGUAGAAACUUAAGUGAUAACACUUUCUACUGACCUGGACUCACAUCUGCCAGUCGAGCUACUGAAGAGACUGCAAAAAUGUUUUUGUUUUUUUGAUUUUCUGAAAUUCACCUCAUUCUCAAAUUUGUUUUCAUGUGUUUUCUGUUUGCAGAUUUGUUUAGUUUGUUGAUAUAUUUUAGUUUUGAUUCAGUGUAUUCAUCUUCCAUAGAGAAAUAGUCUAUGCAUUUGACAAAAAGCCAUCAAUUUAUGGAUUCUUGGGAGAACUUGAGAAUACAUAAUUUAUUAUUGGAGUAUUGACUUUCUGUGUGGAAAACAGUUUUUUUGAUAAAUAUUGUAAAUGAUUGUUUUAUUUAAUGGUAUUUUUUGUUUGCUAAGAGUGGACUUUUAACACUCUUAAGUACUUGAUAUUUGUAGUAACAAGAGAAAAUGUUUUUAAAAAUAAUAAUCAGUGACACACUUGAGGUCAGUAAGGAGUGACACUCCUGCAGGAUGUGUCACUGAGCCUGUCAUCUAACAGCUGUCUGUAAAGAGACGCUGUACCAGAGGGGUAAGUGACGGGAAACAGUGAGAGAAGCAAUUUUUAUGCAAGCCUGAACUUUUAUGCAAAUCUAAAGCUUCAAUUUGAGCUCUCACUGGGUUAGUUUUGUGACUAUGUAAACAUGUUUAAACAUAGUUAAUAAUUAUGUGAGAAUUUCUAUUUUCACCAGUUCCACAUUUUGUCUGACUGUUAAAAUAUUCAAAUAAAGUUGCUCAAUGUAGAUUUA